AUGAAUUCAAUAAACCCCAACGAUUUAGUACAUUCAGUUACAAAUACAUUAACACCAAUGCCAUCCUCAUCGUCAUCAUUGCAAAACGUACAGGAUCUAAAUUCAAGUCAUAUUCAAACUAUGAACCAUAAUAAUAAUGUGAAUCGUAAUUUCAGUUUUCACCAAGUGGAUACCUACUCACACAACGAAACAGUGAACAAUAACUUUACACAUCCUCAUGAACAGCAUCAGCCACAGCAACAUCGUAUAGAAGUCGACGAAUUUAAUUCAAGAACUGCAAAUAAAAAUCUCCACAAAUCCUCAUGGUCGUGUGUAGAUAAUAUUGAUAAUCAUUCUAUUCCUAUGCCUUGUAAUAAUUAUGAUGAUGUUUCCAGGUGUCAGUGUGCUGUGGUCGCUGCAGCAGCAGCUGCAAGUUAUGCACGUUCUUGUUUAUACCAUGGUGUUGCCAUGGCUGCGGCGACGUACAAUAAUUUCGAUCCUCAAUCUUUUAAUUCUUGCAAUUCUGCAUCUCUCAGCAAUUUGUGUACAAGAGCUACUUCGUCUCCUACUUCUGAUUCCUUGGUUACGUCGAUUACUUCAACCGCUAUGUCGAAUAUGAAUUCGUUAUACCAAAGAUCAUUUUGUACACAGUCGUCUUCACCGUCAUCAUCAUCGUCCUCAUUGUUAUCAUAUUCUUCUAUUCAAAAUCAGCGUGAAUAUCAUCCGUUUUAUUUCCCUUCAACACAACAAGCUAGUUCAAUGUUUUUGCCUACUACAUGUCAAUCAUCUUUAUUCGGUGUCACCUCGUUGAAUUCUUAUCCGCAUACAAAUUAUAAUCAAAAUCAUAUUCCUAAUUCUAAUUCAAAUGCUGUUCUAGCUGCCGCAGCUGCACAUAAACAUGUGCAGUACUUUCAAGGUAUUUACUCUCGAGCCAAAUCAAGUAAAGCUAAAGGACAUGGCGGAAUAAAUCAACUUGGAGGUGUGUUUGUCAAUGGACGUCCACUACCUAAUCAAGUUAGACAACAGAUAGUUCAACUAGCUAAUCAAAACGUGAGACCUUGUGAUAUUAGUCGACAACUCAGAGUCUCUCAUGGAUGUGUCAGUAAGAUUCUUGGACGGUAUUAUGAAACGGGAAGUAUACGGCCAGGUGUAAUUGGUGGGUCUAAGCCUAAAGUGGCUACUGCUUCAGUAGUCGAAGCUAUUUGUAAGUACAAAGAAGACAAUCCAGUCAUGUUCGCUUGGGAGAUACGUGAUCGGCUUUUAAAAGAUCAGAUAUGUACGGUAGAAAAUGUUCCAUCUGUAUCAUCAAUUAAUCGUAUUGUUCGAAAUAAGGAUAGCCAAAAUACUGUGGAUACUGACAAUACGCUCUCUCGAAAACGUAAUCAUCGUCAUCUUCAUAGUAAUUCGCCUGCAGGUAAAACUCAUUUAAGCCAAGACUCUACAUUUCGCGAUUCACCUGUUACACCUUCAAGUUUCCAAACUGACUCUUCACCUAAAUCUAUAAAGCUAUCAGAAACUGAACAAGAAAAAUACCUAAACCAUCAUGUUCCGAAAGCAUUAUCAGCAGAAGGAGGGGUACCUCCCUCCACAACAGUAACCAUGACAACUACAACAGCAGCAAUGGCAACGACAGCAACAACCAAAUUCAACACAACGAAACAAUCAUCGAAAGGCUUCUUGUCUAUAGAGAAAACAAAUUCAAAUCUCCGAAAUCCUAGUACAGAGUGUCUUCGUGAAUCCUCUGCAUUGUUAAAUUAUUCAGUUACAGGUAGAAGAUUUGAUAAUAACACUAAUACCGACUACACAGAAUUUCCCUAUCCGUUUCAUAACAAUCAUAAUAUUAACAACAGUGCUGUAAAUUCUUCACACUAUAAUCAGUUCACAUCAAAUUUUAAUGAGAAUUAUGAUGAAACUAGUGGACACUUAAAUCAGACAGCAAAUCUUCCGUCAGCUGAUAACUGCGAGCUUUUCAAAAAUCAUUCAAGUAAUUUAAAUGUGAAACUUACUCAAGACAAGCAAAGUGAAUGUGGGAACGAAAGAAGCAACAAAAAUUAUUCGUCUAACAUAGCGGCUACUACAGCCGGUCAAAGUGGUAUUUUGCAACAGAAAAAUUCGAAUAAACUCUCGAACGAUGUACCGUACAAAUUGGAUUCGUAUUAUUCCCAAGAGCGAAAACCUCCACAAAACUGUCAAACAAUCGAUGAGUACUUUCAACGCUCAGUGUGUAGUCGAUUCCCACCAGGGGAUAGUACCGAUUUGUCUAGAAAUCCACAAAUGUAUCCCUUAUCCGUUCUUCCCGGUAGUUCCACUGAUGUCUAUGAAAAUAUUAAUACGAAUCACUUAUUACAAAAAUCCACCAAUAAUCUAUCUUUAUCUGGUAUAAAUGCAUUUAAUGAUUUCACAUGUUUCAGUAGUAGCAAUAACUCAUUGUCAACUACUGACUAUAGCAUUACUGGAUUAUUAGGUUUAACGAUGGCGGCAUCAAAUGGUUUUAAUUCGUUAUACGGGAAUGGAUAUUCACUGGGCGGAAAAAACAAAAAUAUGAACUUAUUAAUUAAUGAUACAAUUGAAAAUUUUCCUUUGCAACAGCCGCAGCCCGAAGACCAGUUAAGUUUUACUUCUUACUUCCAACAUCCUCAGAAUCAUCAUAACGAUUCUCAGGAGGUAGAACAGCUCAUCGAACACGCUGAACAACAUCAGCAACAACGGCGACUGCACGAUAAUCACAAUUUCACAUCGUAUAAAUCAAAUCAUAAUCUUGGUAUACAUAUUGACAGGAAUGAACAAACUGAUUUUUCACAGGAUCCAACAAUUAGACCAAUUUUACUGAAACAUUAUGACUUUCUACUGAACAGUGCAUCACACACAUCGCCAAAGUUAGAUGACAUCAGCAGGUUUUUGGAGAAUUCGUCAUCUUCUUUGGCAACGACAUCAACAGUAACAACCAGAACAACUAUACAAUCUAAAGCAUCGCCAAGUAGAUUGUCACAACCACCGGUGUUCACACCAUCAAAAUUACCGUCGAGUACACCAGUACAUAAAAACAAAUUAACAGAAAGGGAAAAUGUAAACGUUCAUCGAAAAUGUAAACUAGGACUCUCUGGAGUUAAAUGUACAGAUGUUUUGAAGGUGACUACAAACGGCUCCUUUAUGUCUACAGCAGAUCAUAACUCAUCUAUGAUGGGCGAUUCAAAUGAACAAAUUGACAAGUUUAUUAGUAACGAAAUCAAAAGUGAGGCAAAUGAUUCUUCGUUGUCGAUGUCAACAUCUUCUUCAUUAUUAACAUUUAACAACAAUGAAUCAGAACUGCCUUUUAUGUCAGAAUCAGGUAUUCCGAAUAAAAAUCUACAUGGAUCAUCUAACCAAUCAUCUGCAACUAGUAACUCAUCGAGUUUCAUAGACCCAGCAUUGCAGACAAAAUCAAUGUCGAUCAUGAGUCACACUCUUGAUCAGGAAAGAUUGCAGCAGUUUACGGGAACUGAGUUAAUGGUAAAGGCUGCAUUCAGUCAAGCAAAUACAACAAUAUACCAUCAACAUAUUGAACAAGAUUGUUUACAUCACAGUGAUUCCGUUUUUACUAGAAGUCAUAAUAAAGAUACUUUCAGAUCAGGAAAUGACCUGUCCAGAACUGAUAUGUCUUAUUAUCCCCCUUCUUCCACAUCUUCUCCAUUUUCUGCCCCACCUCAGUUAACAUCCAGUCUGUCAGAAGUUAACACUGAUAUGGUCAAAUUUCCAUUUUAUUUAAUGGCGGAUAAAUCAAACAAUGAAAACUAUGUACAAACAUACACUAAUCUAGAUAUAAAUGAGACGGAUUAUAUCACAACAGAAUUAUUUUCCAGAUCACUGACAGAGAGACUGAAUAUGAGUCGUAAUGAACCACAUGAUGAUGGAGAGUCUACAAACCAUGUUCCAACGAAUUACUGUGGUGACACUCCUGAAUUUCCAUCACAGUAUUCAUUAAUCUAA